AUGGCCAUGGCCACCCUCCCCGCCCAGUGGCGGCCAGAAAAGCCAUCUGCCGUUCUCCACACAUUCCCAGUUCAAGAUGUGUACGUCUGGCGACAUGAACAAGGAACCCUGAUCGAGAUGCAAAAUGAGGAGGAGAUUCUGAAGCGGUUCAACGAGUCGGGAACUCAGUUCAAGGCUUGGCCGAUUGCUCCCAUUCCAGGGCUCACCACCUCCUUCACCAAGUCCUGGCUGUUUCUCGUCAAAAUCCCAAACAUUACGGACGACGUGGUGUUCCCGUCUUUGGCCGACCAGUUCAGCAUCAGCUUGGAGAGCCGGGUCGAGAGACCCGAGGGCACCUUCUCCUUGGUGCAUCUACAUGCGACCCGCAUCCCUAACCCGUACGAGGAUGUGGAAAACCUUUUGUGUCCAUUCGUCUCAAGAUGCGCUACUUUCAAAGUGGAAGUGCCACGUUCCUGGCAGAAUGAUGAUGGAAUCAAUGUCGAGCUGGACUUGAUGUCAGAAUUUCAAACCGCCUCGAGCCUCGACGACUUUGAGAACAUCAGGUUGGACGAGGGAAAAUGCCAAAUGAUUACGAUUGUGUGGGAUACAUUUUCGAUGACUUACGAGGCUGAAUUGGCAGCCCUUCGACGCUUUGUGGAAGACACACGCCUUGAGGAACGCGAACUCAGCUUCAAGGCCAGGGACGUUUUUCGAAUGAUUCAGAAUUUCCAGGACAGCUGGAAGCUAUUCUACAAUCUCCACGAUGAGUUCCCUCAUCUGAAAGACCCAACCAACCCCCGACAUCGCAUCCCGAAGCUGCUUUUGGAAAAGUUCCAGUCUUUCAAUGCCGACCAUCGCGCGGCUUAUGAUGCUCUGACAGCGAUCCCUAAUGGGCUCUUUUUUGUCAACGGCUGCCCAGGAGCAGGAAAGACGGAAUGGAACAUGGUUGUAUCGGCGCUAAUCCAAUCGAAGCGCCGUCCAGGAUCUAAGAAAAGGCACAGUCCCAUCCUUUUUGUGGUUGAUCUCAACAAGACAGUUGACGAUGCUGCGGAUCGGUAUUUCACCCUUUGCAAAGCCGCAGGCCUAAAACUACGGAUUGUGCGAAUGCACGGUUGGCCCUACGAGAUGAGAAACAGCAACAAGCUGAAUGGAUCUUCAUUGACACAGAAAGAAGGAGAUUCUCGAGGCGAGCUGGAUUUUACGAAGAAGUUCUUGACAACAGCCAGUGUCGCAAAGCACACCGGGGUGGGCAGAAGCCCCAACAAGGCACCCACGCUGGACGAAGCUGCGUGGGAUUACUACGACAAGCACAAAGAUGACUGUUUCACUCCGCUCAUGCGAAUUCUGGCUAGCAUGGAGGCAGGCGAGGUUCUCACCACGGGUGACUGGAAAACUUUGAGGAGCCAAGUAUCGCUCCUGUACCGCGCAGUGCUGGCACAGACAGACUUCAUUGCUACAACGCCAGUGGCGGCUUAUGGAAAUUUCUCAAAGCUUUUUCGCCCCGAGGUGAUCUUUUUCGACGAGGCUCCCCAUGCUCGGGAGUUGACGACCCUGAUCCCGCUGGCCUUCUUUGAGCCGAUCGCUUGGAUUCUUACGGGUGACGUGAAGCAAACGCGUCCAUUUGUCAAGGGAGGCGAUAAACGAGACACGAUGAAGCUAGGAUUGAAGUUCAAUCCAUAUGCCGAGCAACUUCGUGUGAGUUUGAUGGCAAGAGCCGAGAUGGUGGGCGCCAUUAACAGCAAACUCCUUGUCAACAAGCGGGCACAUGGGAACCUACACCGGCUCCCGUCCAGAAUGUUUUACCAAAGCAAAAUGAUAUCAGGGUAUGAGAGUAUUGAGCGCUACCCUCCGACCGUCAUUCAUUUGACGCGAUAUCUGCAGCAACUUGGGGGUCUUCCGGAGAUGCGGGAGAACCGAGUUGUGAUCCGCCUCAAGGACAGCCAGGAGGAGAAGCAGAAAAAUAGCUUCUGGAACCCCGCUCACCACAACUGGGUUAUCAAUCAGGUGCAGAAGCUUCUCGGAGAUCCUCAAUUUCGGAGCAUCACCGACAUGAACGCUCCGGGCAGCGUGAUGAUCCAGACGCCGUAUGCUACAGCAGUGCGGGUGUAUUUAUCCGAAGUCAAACAAUGGCCUCAAGAGUGGCAAGACCGGGUCGAGGUGUUGACAGUGGACAAAGCCCAAGGAAACCAAGCAGAUGUGGUGUUUCUGGACAUGGUAAGAACAACGAAAGCUGGCUUCAUGAACGAGCCACAUCGGCUCAACGUUGCCAUCACGCGCGCACGACAGGCCGAGAUCAUUUUAAUGCACUACCAAAUGACCUGGCGAACCAGUCGCGGAAGACCUGUCAGAGCGGAAUACACCUCACAGAUUUGGGAUGAUGCGGCGGCAGACCGCCGUGUGUUUGUACUAUGA